CUCGCCGGAUUCUUUUCCUGCCGGCCCCAGUUGCAGCACCCGCGGCCAGAAGGAGAUCUUUUAGAUCCGAUCGCCGAUCUCCCAGUCCCGCCAACAGCCCCGCGGGCGCUCGGGCCCGCCGGCGUCCGGCAGCGGAGGCAGUAGCCCCCGCGGGUCCGGGCAGAAGCGGGUGCGGCGAAGGAGACGCAGGAAGGUUUUAAGGACAACGUGGAAAAGGAGGGCUGGGUGUGGCGGCCAAGGAAGGCGGGCGCGCCUCGGAACGAGGGGAAGCGAGGCAAGGCGAAGCGAAGGUGGGCGGGCGACCAUCGGUCUCCCGGGACCUCAGUGCCGCUAGAGCGGUUACACCUAUGCGCGAGUUGGCGGAGAAUCCCGCAGGCGAGGCUUCCGUCCACCAGCCCGGCCGGCUUACGAAACCGCGGAUCGUGCCCCGGGCGCCGCCUCCCCGGGUCCCCUCUAUGUGAGCCUCUUCAGUUGCCUUCACCUCCUCCUGCUGGAUGGCGAUUGACCGGCGACGAGAGGAGGGGGGCGGGGGGGGCCGGCCCCUCCCCGAGGAAAACGGUUCUUUGCCUGCCGGGGAGGCGGACCCUGCCACUGCAGCUACAGCCGCACCCCCUGCAGGGGGUCUGGCGGCGGAGAUCCAGAGCCUGCCUCUUCCGACGCCUCCCUCCGGGUCCUGCAGCCCCCUCCUUCUGGAUUACGAUGGCUCCGUGCUGCCCUUCCUGGGGGGCCUGGGGGGCGGGCACCAGAAAACCCUCAUCCUCCUCACCUGGAUCCCUGCACUCUUCAUUGGCUUCAGCCAGUUCUCGGACAGUUUCCUCUUGGUACAGCCCGUCUCUUGGUGCAAGGGGAUGGAUGGGCAGAGCAAUUGGACGGGACUCCCCCCACAGCCUGCCAGGGGCCUCACCACCAGCCCCAGCUACAACCACAGCAGCAGCAACAGCUAUAGUAGGGGGAUGCUGGCAGCCCCAGAGCUGCCCACUCCAGAGGGAAAGAACGACAGUUACUGCCACUGCAGCGAGAGGUUCCAUCGGAUUCCGGCAGGCCUUCAGGAGAACAUUGUGAGCAAGUGGGAUCUUGUCUGCGACUCUGCCUGGAAAGUUCACAUUGCGAAAUUUUCCCUGCUUGUAGGAUUAAUCUUUGGCUACCUAAUAACAGGAUGUAUAGCUGAUUGGGUUGGUCGUCGUCCAGUGCUGCUCUUCUCGGUGUUGUUCAUUUUAAUAUUUGGACUGACAGUAGCCCUCUCAGUGAAUGUGACCAUGUUCAGCACACUCAGGUUUUUUGAAGGGUUUUGCCUGGCUGGAAUAACCCUUUCCUUGUAUGCACUACGGAUAGAGCUCUGCCCUCCUGACCACCGAUUUAUGAUCACAAUGAUAGCAAGCUUUGUAGCAAUGGCAGGACAGUUCCUCAUGCCAGGGUUGGCUGCCCUCUGCAGGGACUGGCAGAUCCUCCAAGCUGUGAUCAUCUGCCCUUUUCUGCUGAUGUUACUCUACUGGUUUAUUUUCCCAGAAUCUCUUCGGUGGCUGAUGGCCACACAACAGUUUGAAGCUGCGAAGAAGCUCAUCCUUCAUUUGACUCACAGGAAUAGGACAAGCACAGAAUCUGAUAUUAAAGGAGUGAUGCCUGGCCACAGGUGGUUCCCCACAGCUCUGUCAGGAAGUGAAGAAAAGGACAGCACGUCAUGGAGCUCUAAUGGCUUUGUUGUCAGGGAGUGCCAGAUGGGGGAUGUGGGAAGCAGCCAAGCUGGAGAACUAGAGAAAGAGCUUGCCAGGAGACCAAAAAAGGUCUGCAUUGUUAAAGUGGUGGGAACAAGAAACCUGUGGAAAAACAUUGUUGUGCUCUGCAUCAAUUCGCUGACUGGAUACGGGAUACACCACUGCUUUGCAAAGAGUAUGAUGGGUCACGAAGAUAAGAUGUCAUUCACCAACAAUUUUUAUGCGGACUACUACACCAUGGCUGGGAUCACUCUGGUGUCCUGCCUGGCCAUGUGCCUGGUGGUUGGUUUUCUUGGGAGAAGAGGGGGUCUCCUGCUCUUCAUGAUCCUCACUGCCCUGGCUUCUCUUUUACAACUGGGCCUUCUCAACUUGAUAGGAAAAUACAGUCAACUUCCAGACUCAGGUAUGAGUGACACCAUAAAGGACAAAUUCUCCAUUGCAUUUUCCAUUGUGGGGAUGUUUUCAUCGCACGCAGUUGGAAGUCUCAGUGUAUUCUUCUGUGCAGAGAUCACCCCAACAGUAAUAAGGGGUGGUGGCCUCGGCCUUGUCCUGGCUAGUGCAGGCUUCGGGAUGCUGACGGCACCCAUCAUGGAACUUCACAACCAGAGAGGUUACUUCCUUCACCAUGUGAUUUUUGCUUGUUGCACCCUCAUCUGCAUCAUUUGCAUUCUCCUCUUGCCAGAGAGCAAAAAUCAGAACCUGCCAGAGAACAUUCCAGAUGGCGAACAUUAUACCCGGCAGCCUCUCCUACCACAUAAGAAGGGGGAACAGCCCCUGCUGCUGACGAACUCUGAACUCAAAGAUUACUCUGGCCUCCAUGAUUCAGCAGCCGUGAAUGACGGGGUGACCGAGACUGUCACUGCCAAUGGGAUGAAAGCAAUGUAACGGGCAGGAGGAGAGGAGGAGGAGCGCUUAGCUGUGGGAUUGCUUCUCUUCUAAGAUUUACAAACCAGUGAGAAGAAGGGAUGGAUACACAGGGGAAUUAGACUCUGCUGCUAAAGCCACUUCUUGUAGGAAUCUGUGAUGGGGGUACAAAUUGCUUUGGGCACAGUUAGGGGGAAAUGCAACUUCAGAAAAAAAAAAAACUGGCUGGAGAUCACUGUCCAUUUAUUUUCUUCCUGCCAUGAAGUAGUUCUAUUUAUUUUGAUGAUUUUCCCCCAUGAAGCACUUUAUUCUGUUCUUCUCUUGUUGACCAUAAACAUGAAGCCAUGUUACUCUCAAGAAGAGCAGCCAUUCCAAGAAAGAAAUCAUGAGGUAUAUUUUGUGGUAUGGUUUUGGUUUCAUUUUACUGUUUGUGUUUUUACUAGAGGUAUGAGGCAUCUCUUGCUGCAACAAUGAAUUCAUUGGCUACUGACAUUUUGAUUCAAUCUUUUUUUUUUCUUGAUCUCUCCAGAUAAUCCAAUAUUUCCUCCUUCCAACCCUCCUAGUCAUACCUACUGUGAAAGUGUGCACAUAAAGCUAAAUUCCAACUGUGUUUUAAGUAGCAGAAAGAAGAGUUUGGAUCACAAGCCCUAGGGUAUUUUUAACAGGUCUUAAUUUAGAAGUUGAAGAAUCCACACGUAAAUUGCUGUUUACAGUCAGAAACAAAGCACUGCACAAGGAGGUAAUCUUUUUCAAGAGGAGGUCAAAUGGCUAGGGUUUUUAAAUGAGAUACAUGUUUAUUAAUUAUUCUUUUAAAUGUCUGCUAAUUAAGAACAAGAAGCAAGUUCAAGAAGCUCUACUCAGUAGUAAACAAUAUCAAGAAUGGUUUUUAACUCUGAAAGAAGAAAGUGGUUCUUUUUAGAAAAGUACCUCCAAGCUGAGAAAGGGAAAAUGAUGGCAAAAUAAUUAGUUACUGGUUGUUCCAGAAGCCAUGGGCUGGGAUUCUAGUCAGUCCCAACAUCAUCAUCACUUGUGCCCUUGUCCUAAGGACUGUUUGAUUCUGAUGGAUGAGCACAGUGACUUAAAGGUCAGGUUUAGGGGAAAAGAUUUGGGGGGAAAUGGGAAGCAAGCAGUUGAAAGAGCCCUUUAAAAAGAGAUUGGAGCACUCUCCAUGUGUGAUCUGGAAUAGAGUUUUUCAGGGUUGCAUAUUGUCAGCCAGCUGCCCUUUUUACUAUUGAAACCUAUAGAAAAUGGCCACCAUAAGUGCACCAAUGCAAAAUCCCAAGUGCUCUUGUAGGAUUCUUCAUUUUUACCCUACAAUAAAUAAAAGCCAAGAUCCUAUGACCACAGGGGCUGAAAACAGAUUCUUAACUCCCUGAUCCUAAAUAAACCUGAAGGUAACUGCUCUUGAGACUCAGCAGGAUCUCCUUCUGUAUAAACUGUGUUUAAGAGCAGGGUGUUAAUGAAAGAGAACACCUUCCUUCCUCUUCCCCCAAGAGUUAUCGGUAAUAUAUGCUGGCAAUUUAAAUCUCUGCUCUUGCUUAAGAGUGGGCUAUUUCAGCAUUGCUUCUUACGCAAGAGCCACACAAAGCCACCUUCACGCAAGAAGGUCUGAACUUGUGGCUCGUUUGCAUCUAAGCUGUUCCUACUCCCUUUCCACUAACACCAUGCAUUUGAGAUGGAUUGCCCAGCAGGACUGCCAUUUAAAUGGACACAGCAGCCAAUGUGGAGAUGUGUAAAGCUCUUCACGUGGUGGUCAUUUUGCUUGAUGUAUAUGUUGUAUUUGUGGGUGAAGUGUGAGUACCCACUUCUGUGCGCCCUCCUUGUUAAUGCCCCUUCUUUCUUUCUGUAUAUUGUCUGUUGACUUCUCUGUGUAUCUUCUUCCUUCUCCUGUCAGACUUGUUUUGUGUUGAUACACCUGCACCCAGUAGCAAGUAUCACACAGCCUCCAAUGUUGACUGGCUACUUGAGGGGCAAAAUGGCUCUGCAGAAGAGAUGAGAUUUUGAUAUACUUGAAAAGAGAAAUAACGUUGUCAUAAAGCUGCUAACUUUCAUAUGCAGGAUGAAAUGCUUGGGGAAAUCCUUUGUAAACACUUUUGGGGGGAGAGGGAACAUAAAGCAGCUGGGUUGUUCAGCAUCAUUAUUAUGGAUUUCCCCCCUCAGUUGCUACUGCUGUGUUCACCUCAGUAGAACUUGCUUUCGAAAAUGUGAGCCCAGUCUUUUUUGCACACUGAAGUAACUUGUCUGGUUUUAACAACAUGACCACCUCUCCUCCAUUAUUAGUUAAUAUCCUUUACAUCACAUUGAAAAAAUAAGGCCCUUUGAAUUGUGCAGUAUUCAUGUGCCAAAUUUGUGUGACGCCUUUUGCCUUUUAUAUGAUGCUUGUUAUAAGUGAUAUAUCAGGAACAGCAAGUUUCUAGUAUAAAUUUAUUUUUCAGUGGAGCGGGGCCUUGUGUUUUGGGAGGGGGGAUUUAUUAUUGACAUCCAGGCUCCAAGUUGACACAGAGCACUUUUGGAAUCUGUAUGCUAUGGAGUAGCUUUUUUAAUUCCCCACUUCUGUACAUAUAGUCUUUACUACAAACUCUGUUGACCACGCACCAAUAUAGGGAAUUUCUUGCAUUUUACCAUGGUUAAAAGUCUCUGUUGUGUUCAUUCAGUCACCUGCAAUGCUCACCACUUUCUGAUGUGAUGCUCCUUAACUUUACAAACAAGCAGAGAGAGACAGAAAGACGUUACAUAUUAAAGAAUGUAUAUUGUAAGGUGAGAGGAGCACUUGGUGAUUUUUUUUUAAAAAAGUUUGUUUUAAAAAUGUGCUUUUUUAUUAUUUUGGCCUGAAUCUGAUAUUUGGAAUUAAUGUGUUAUUCUUUGUGCCCAACUUAGUUUGCAAUUUGCCUCACUAAAAACCAUCAGCUGAAUUCUCACAGCACUUUUGCUGAAGAUAGUUGUGUAGAACGUAUUUCUAAUAAAUCACAUUGCACACCUAAUUCAAAUUAUGUCUUGAUGAAGUAAGGUGGGCAUAAAAUUAUCUGCUGGGCCACAGGACUCUACCAAAAGUGCUCAAGUUGUGGUGGGCCUCUGCUGCUAUCCCCUCUGAUAAUAAGUUGCAUAUUGCUGGAGGCUUGCCUGUAGUAAACCAAUGGCAAGAGUUUUCCAUAGCAGCCCAUUCAAGUAUUCUUGUUAAGCCUGGACCACCUGAUGCUUGGCCCCUGGGUUGUUUCUGCUAUAUCAACUACAUAUUGCAGCCUAUCAAGCAUUUGGGCAGAUCUUCUGUUUUUACAUCUCUAGCACCAUCCAUAGAUGUUGGGGGUCCCUGUUAGACCCUAAUGUAGAGCUAAUUGCACACAACCAACCAGAGGUCUGUAGCUUUGACAAACUCAGUCAGGCAGCCACACAGGACUUGGCUACAUUUAUUUUAUCAGGGUUUAUACUAGUCACAAUAAAUUACAAACCAAACUGGAAGUAUUCAGAUGUUUUGUUUUUUCCAGUGUGUGAAAAGUUGCAGGUAUGUGGUGUGCAGUUCCAUUCCUCUGUUAACUCUGAAAAAUGGGGGGUUUUUUAGUCUUUCUGCUCUUCAAAAGUGAACAGAGGCCAGCAAGAAUGAGUUGUAUACCACAAGAAUCUGUUCUCUGUCAUACUUUUGUAGCACUGCACUGUCUCCAACUAGGUGGUAUUUCUAUCUUUUUUAUUUGUCCUUCUGAACUGUAAGCCAGCUUGAAUGUUCAAUUGGAACAGAAUGGCAAUACAUGUAUUAAAAUCAAGUAAAAAAAUCUUUAAAAAUAUUUCCCUUUAAUGGGAAAAGGUUGAUCAAAAAGAACACUGUCACCCAUUGCAGACGGGAAUGGGAGCGUGCUGUUUGGCUGUUCCUUUCAGUGGGUCUAGGUUCAGCAGAAGUGGUAGGGGACCUAUGUUUGCACAUGUACUGCAGCAUGGGUAUGGUUCUGGCAUGAUUCUGUUACCACCAUGCUCAUUGUAUACCGUGAGAAUGGUUUGAAUGCUCCAUUAAAAGUGAUCAUUUGACACUGAUCGUGUAUCUGAUGCCAUUUUUUCCCUGUGGUGUCUAAGCAACAACACAUCAGUGCUAUAGAAAAGUGCCACUACGGCCUUUCCCUGCAGCAGCCAUGAAGCCUGACAAUCUGCCGAACAACAGAACAUGCUCAGUCAGAUCAGCUUCUGCUGCUUCACCACAAGCCGUUGCAACGGGAUAUGCAAAAGGGGAGGGAUGCUCUCUAGUUGCACAGAUUUCAAGACCAGCUUUAGCACAAGAAUGCCUGAAAACUGACUGCUACAGAACACAGAUCCAAUCCUUGGUUCUUGCCAAAUAAUUCUAAACGGCAUAUAACAUUUGGCAAUUUCAUAGAAAACUAAAGGGUAGAUCUUGAGACCCAAGGCAGCCAGACAUUCCAGCUAGGAAACUCAAGGAGGCUGUCUGGCCUGGAAGAGAGAAACAAGUCCUCAUAUUUAUCCGAACAGGGAAAGCAUCAGUGUCCACUCUGUCCGCUUCAAUUUUUCUAGUUCUGCUUUUGGUAACUCAAGUUCGGCCAUUUUUUGUAGGUGUGUUUGUAGCCUUGAAAAUAAUUUACUGGAAACCUUUUAAAUAGCAAGAAAGCUCAGAUCAAAAUUGAACAUUAAAAGACUUUCUGUGCCAUUUAUACCAAAACAGUCUGAAAAUGGUACGGAGAACCUUGUUAUGGAUCGUUGUAGGAAUAAAUUCUUAUGAGUAUUCUGAAUUGUUGGCUCUGGGUUUUGUUUUGUUUUGCUUUUUGAAUUACAACUGUUUAUGUUGCCAGAUCCUAAAGCCAAACUAGAGAGAGAAAAAAGUCACCAAACUCAGAAGUGCCAUUAAAAUGAACUCUGAAUGUCAUAUCAAGUUGCAUCUGUAGUUGGGACAGAAAGACAACAAGUGUGGAAGAUGGUUCACACUUGAUUUUAAAAAAAUAAAGUUAACAAAACCUCAUUUUUCAAUGUACUGUGUGAAAACAUUUUGGAACAGAGUAGUGUGCUAUGUCUGUAGUGGGUGAGAUUCCUGCCCUUUCCCUCAAUUUCUGAUGAAGUUUUCUUGACUAAUCGUUGUUACUGUACUAUUUUUUUUUUAUCAUGAGUAGUUGGUGCUUCUUCAUAGCACAAGCUUAACUAUCAACUACUGAAGAACAGUCUUAAAAGCUAAAUGUCUGCAUGAUGUUACAUCUGUUGUACCUACUGAACAACUUUGUAUGUAAAUGUACAGGAAUAAAAGAUGUUGCUCCAUUAA